CCCGGUGCGUAACCAAUGCACACAAAUCUCCCUCUUCUGCUUCACUUCUGAUUUCUUUCUCUCUCUCCCCCCUCUCUCUCUCUUCUUCUUCUUCUUCUUCUUCUUCUACAGAGGGAAUUGGUUGUUGUAGAUGGUGAUCGCGGCGGAAGAUGGGGCGGGGAUUCGGAGGGAACCAUCGAGAAUGGUGGAGAAACGUACUUCGCAGUCGACUUCCAGGAAAGCGGACUCACACUCCCGCCUUCAUAACUUCUCCUUACCGAGCCUAAGCUGGGGGAACCAGAAGCUUUUACGAUGCGUCAAUUCAUCCAAUGGAUCGACGGCUGAGGAGCUCGAGAUAGCAGCGAGGCGCUCCUCAUCGCCAUCCUCUGAUGAAAGGCGCCAGGCGGUGCAAUCACGGUUGAGGACGCCUUUACGGAUCCGUGGACAGAAGCGAAGGAUUGAUGGUGAGGAGGCGGAGGAAUCUGCCCCGGCUGUAGCUACUUCGGUGAUACCGUGGAAUUUGAGAACCAGGAAAGCCGCCUGCAAUGCCCAGGCGGAGAUCGGACUGAAUUUGAAUCCUUCAUCUUCCUUGUCGCCAUCUCCCUCGUCCUUUUCUUCUCCCCUUAAGCAAGACAAGCUUCUUAAUCCGGUACGAGUGCUUCGAUCGCGAUUGGAGGGCUUUGAGAAGGGGGAAAGGCGGAAAUUCUCGAUUUCUCUCUCGAAGGUGGAGAUCGAGGAAGAUUUUAUUGCAAUGAAGGGUACGAAGCUUCCUCGGAGGCCAAAAAAGAGAGCUAGAUAUUUGCAGAGGCAGCUCGAAGCACUCUUUCCUGGAUCAUUUUUAUCCGAAGUAACACCAGAUUUAUACAAAAUUGGCGAGCGAGAGGAGAAACAGACUUGAUUCUGAAACUUGAUCUCAUUAGAAGACGACUAGGAAUUUUCAAAUGUCCUGAUGGUCAUUUGAUUACGUUGCGCCAGUUAGCUUUGUCAUUGUAAUAAGACCAUGUAAGUAAGUUGUUUCCUGAAUGUUCGCUCCAACAAGAUUGCAUUAUUGAGGUGCAAAUUGAUUUCCUCUCGCUGGUUUUAUUUGUUUCUCUUACAGUUUGAUCCUUGAAAAGAUCUUUGAUCUUUUUUUCUUCUUUUCUCUCAAGACAGAAGGUAUUCUGUUGUUUUUAGUUUUUACAACUGUGAAUUAUGUAUUUGUGGAACCUAAAAGUUGCCCUUUUUUCAACCCCAAAAUAAAGAGAUUUGGCAUAUCA